UUGCUGAUAUUUGAAGAUGAGAAUGGAGUUUGGGAUAUUUUACUCAUAACGUAAUGCUGUUCAAAAAAACUCUGAUUUUGAGAAGGUUGACAAUUCAGGUUACAGGAACAAACAUUAUCGUUGUAACAAUAACAAGAAUCAAAGAUUUGAGGAUGUUGCUGUACGAUCAAUUAUGUUUUGUAUCAAUUCUCAUAAUAGGACCUUGGAGAAACUGUGGAUAAUUAAGGUAUUUUUUUUUAUUUAGUGAACAAAUUCAACAAGUUAUCAAAUGCUUACAAUUAGCAUCAAACAGGUAUAUUAGCUUUGAUUUCAAAAAUUGGUUUUGAAAUGGUUCAAGAAAUGAAAUCAAAUAUAAUAAUGAUAAGCGUAAUUGGUUUAUCAGAUGAAGAUAUAGUUGGAAUAUUGACCGAGUGGAUUAAAAAAGACAAUUAUGAAAAUUUGUCUGCGAUUGCAUUCAUAUUAGAAGAAUCGGAUAAUCAGAAGCCAAGUAGAUUUGAAAAAUUGAAUGAUGCUCUGGGGACAACAAUUUUCCAGGAAUUUUUCCAAGUUAUUUUUCAAAUAGUAUCUUCUCAAGUUUUAUAAUAAUUUAUAUCUUUACAGAACAUUAGAGCAUGGUUCGCUAAAUGUUUGUCCGAAUCUUGGUUUUCAGGAUAUUUAUUAUCGCCUUUUGAGACAAAAUACUUUAUUUUUAAAUAA